AUUUAUCUUUUGAUUUUCUUUUUAUUUUAAAUCAUUCCAAAACAGAAUGAGGAAAAAAAACAGAAUACUAUAAUCAUUCCAGUAUAAACAAUUUGGCCGGAUUUUGUUUCCAAUUAUUCGGGAAACCACCGGAUUUUGUGAACUAUGAAAUCAUAGAAAUCCCAAUUUUUUGGGUAACAAAUUUAGAGAUUUUUUUGGUGAGACUGUAAUCGUGCGACACGAUUGUGUGGAUUUUCUCGGUGCUGUUUGGAAGAUUUUGUGAACGGGAAAUCUGGGCUCAAUUGUAUUUCGAAGAAGGUAUGUGGCAGUAUUCAUCCGCUUUUGGGUUCUGUUUCGUGUGCCUUCUUCUUAGCCCUUUGUGUGUAUCUUUAUUAUGCUACCUUUUAUUUAAAAAAAUGGGGUUUUCUGUUUCAAGAAUCGGGUCGUACUGGCGCUCGGGCUUCGAAGGAAAAGUGUACAGAAUGCCUCUGUAUAGAGAGUAUGGAAGGCCUGCGCAGGCAAUGGUUGUGCCCGUGUUCGAUUCGAUGGCGGAGGAUCUGAGAACAGUGUGCAUCGAUGGCAAGACUAGGAGGUACGAGUGGAGGGUCACUUGUGGAGGUUGGCUGCAACCGGCGAGAAGUAGCAACCUUCUUAAGCGACUACGGUUCACACUGGACGUGAUUGGAGAAAAAGCCCGCAGGAGAGUAGAUUUCAAGAUUUUUGGGGCUCAGUUGAUAAUUGAUUCGCCGGACAUGAAAUCGCUGUUAGAGAAACUGGGGAGUAUCGGAUUGCAUAAGGGCAGCCCAAAGGGAAAAUGGGAUCAAAAGUUUUUGGUGCAUACUGAUGGGCUAACUCAAGCUGCAAAGUCGGUGAAGGAAUUGAGAUCCUAUGGCAAGUUCUGCAUAAACAUGGCAACUUGCUAUGACAGCUUGCUUUCAGCUUCAGCUGCUGCAACAACAAAUAUUGCUUACGCUUCAUGUAACCUUGCUGUGAGAAACUUAAAAGUCGAUAAUGAAUUUUCGGAGUCAUUGUUGGAAAUGGGUAAUUGUUUGUUGAAGAAAACUGCAAUGCAUGAUGAUGGAAAAAGUAGUAAGUGA